GUUUUUGGCUUUUUUUAUUUGUAAAGAUGAGGAAAAGGAAAUUAUACAGUAGAAUUUCCUUGGAAAAUGCAUUGGAAGACAUGAGGAAGAACAAGUUGUCUGCGGAAAAAGCCUCCAUAAAACAUGGUGUACCUGUCCGUACCCUACGCUACAGAUGUAAACAAAAACUUAAAGGGUUCCCUAACCGGUGUCUUACUCGCAACCAGGAAACGAGCUUGGUACAAUAUGUUAAAUACUGUGCAGAAAGAGCCUUUCCUUUGACACGGAAAAUGAUAAAGGCUUUUGCAAGAGAAAUGAUCAUCAAGGAACAAAGUCAAGAUAAUGAAUUAACAGUCAAUGUUAAUUAUGGUCCAUCCAAUAAAUGGUUCAGAGGGUUCAUGAAGAGACACCCAGAAUUAAGAAUAAGGACGCCCGAUUCAAUCGACCGGGGUCGAUAUGGUAUGGCCAACACAACAGUUAUCAACAAUCAUUUCCAACUGCUGGAAAAAUGCUUGAAAGAUAUGGGGAUAAUGGACAAACCUGAUAGCAUAUACAAUGUGGACGAGACUGGGUUUAGCAAAAGGGACAAACGAGAGAAGGUUCUAACAGAGAGGUCAAGGAAACAUACUUAUGCAAGAAGUGUUUCAUCAACCUGCCACAUCACAGCAAAUAUCUGUGUAUCCGGUAUAUAA